UUCAAACAUUGCAGUUCUUGGCAAGAUAACUUUUGAACCUAGCUUCGCUUUGAUAAUGUAAGAAACCGAAGUUUCACAGCGAUGUUCAUCAUGAACGGUGACAAAACACUUCUAUUGACUCUGGCGCUGAUUUCUGUCUUCACUCUAGGACACUGUCUAAAGUGUUAUUAUUGUGAAUCCGACUCUGACCCGACGUGUAAGGACCCCUUUGAAACGGCGACUGGAAAAUCGAAGGAUUGUGUACUGGACACGAAUAUCACCAAGUUUUUGGGGGAAUUGGUCGAAAAUUGGGAACCCAAGUGUCAGAAGGUGGUCUACGAAAAAGCAGAUCAGUCCUUGUUCUACACACGGGCGUGCUCGUUGCCCGACACUACUUGUCAAAAAAUAAGAAACAUAACAAUAAUAAUGCCUGUGAAAUAUUGCGAUAUGUGUGAUGGGGACAACUGCAACAUUUAACAUGUUGUUAAAUGUUGGCUACAGUGUUUGUGAACUUGUUUUCAGUGCUGCGGUUUACUUUUGAUACUUAUUAUUGGUCAAUUUUUGUGGCUUGCUGAAUAAAUGUUUCAAGAUUUUGUUUUAAGUA